AAAACCCAGCAAAACCCAGAAACCAAAAACUGAAAAUGUUUCAAAAUUUCCCACUCACCCACUAAAAUCUCCAUACUUUCUCUCCCAUUUUCCCACUCUUUCCCACAAACCGAACAUGCAUUAUUUCCUUCUCUCCCUUCUCCUCCCCCUCCUCCUCCUCCUCCCCCUCUGUAUCUCCUCGCUCACCGAGCUCCCUGCUCUCAUGGCAAUGAAGGCCUCUCUGGACCCACGAAACCAAUUCUUGACGUCAUGGACGCCGCACGCGGACCCCUGCGGCGGCGCUUUUGAAGGCGUGGCUUGCAACGAGCAGGGCCGUGUGACUAAUAUCUCUCUGCAAGGGAAGGGUCUUUGGGGCCAGAUUCCCCCAGCUGUUGGCGGCCUGAGGAACCUCACUGGGCUGUACCUUCACUUCAAUGCUUUGACUGGGAAGAUCCCAAAGCAGAUUGCUGAUUUGAACCAGCUUGCCGAUUUGUACCUCAAUGUGAACAAUCUGUCUGGUGCAAUUCCUCGUGAGAUUGGUAAAAUGCCCAAUUUGCAAGUUUUGCAGUUGUGUUACAACAAGUUGACUGGGGGAAUACCUACAGAAUUAGGGCAGCUUAAAAGGCUUAGUGUUCUUGCAGUGCAAUCCAAUCAGUUAACGGGGGCAAUUCCUGCAAGUUUGGGUGAGUUGGGGACGCUAACAAGGUUGGAUUUGAGCUUUAAUAGCUUUUUUGGUCCUAUUCCAGCAAAAUUAUCUGAUGCUUCUAUGCUAGAAGUCCUUGAUGUUCGAAGCAAUACUCUCUCAGGAAAUAUACCUCCAGCUCUAAAGAGACUUAAUGAAGGAUUCCAAUACGAAAACAACCCGAACUUAUGUGGGGUUGGGUUUUCUGGUUUAGAACCAUGCACAGCUACUGCUCGGAACCCAAACAUGCCACAACCAUUUGAACCUAGUAACUUUUCUGGAAAAGGUCUUCCAGACUCAUCUACUCCAAAAGAAAUCCCCGAGACAGCAAAUAUUCAUUCCAAUUGUAGCCAAACCCACUGUUCAGAAGCAUCAAAUUCCCCAGAAAUUGGUUUAGUCUUUGGGGUGAUUGGAGUUGUUGUUGCUUUAACAGUAUCUGGGCUCUUCUUGUUCUGCUGGUAUCGUCGACAAAAGCAGAAGAUUGGGAGUACUUUUGACUCUUCUGAUAGCAGGCUUAGUACUGACCAAGCAAAGGAAGUUCACAAGAAGAGUGUGUCUCCUCUCAUCAAUCUGGAGUAUUCUAACGGGUGGGAUCCAUUGGCUAGAGGCAGCAGUGGGUACUCUCAAGAAGUUCUUGAGAGUUUUAUGAUAAAUUUAGAAGAAGUGGAACGUGCAACUCAAAGCUUUUCGGAAGUCAAUCUGUUGCGGAAGGGUAAUUUUUCUGCCAUCUAUAAGGGGAUCCUAAGAGACGGAUCAGUUGUUACUAUAAACUGCAUUAGCAAGACAAGCUGUAAGCCCGACGAAGCUGAAUUUUUGAAGGGGUUGAAGAUAUUGACAUCAUUAAAACAUGAGAAUCUUGUUAGGUUGAGAGGCUUUUGCUGCUCAAAAGGCAGGGGAGAGUGGUUUCUUAUCUAUGAUUUUAUCCCAAAUGAAAGUCUGUUACAGUAUCUCGAUAUUAAGGAUGGCAGUGCCGAGGCUCUUGAAUGGUCAACCAGAGUAUCUAUAAUCAAUGGGAUCGCUAAAGGUAUUGGAUAUUUGCAUGGAAAUGCAGGCAAUAAACCUGCUAUAGUUCAUCAGACCAUAUCAGCUGAGAAGGUGCUUAUUGACUCCCACUAUAACCCCUUACUAUCGGAAUCGGGUUUGCACAAACUCCUAGCAGAUGAUAUUGUCUUCUCCAUGCUCAAAGUCAGUGCUGCCAUGGGGUACCUGGCUCCCGAGUACACCACCACUGGUCGCUUCACUUCAAAGAGUGACAUUUAUGCAUUUGGUAUGAUUGUGUUUCAACUCCUUUGUGGAAAACGUAAAAUCACCCAGGUGACUCGCCAAGGUGCUGAGGCCGGCAGAUUUGAAGAUUUUAUUGAUGCAAACCUUGAGGGAAAGUUUUCGGAAUCUGAGGCAAGUAAACUUGGAAGACUUGCUCUUCUUUGCACGCACGAGUCUCCCAUUUACAGGCCACCAAUAGAAAAUGUGGUCAAAGAGCUCAGCGAGUUCAAUUGCACUUAGAAGCUAUUGUUUUACAAUGUUUCCUUCUAAAACUCAACUCUGUAAAAUUGUAAAUGGAAGCAAACUUAACUCCUGGUAUUGUAUAUUUGCAUGCCACCCUUGAUAUUUACAAACUGCCUUUUUUCA